UUCAAACCGAAAGUAGACACCACUUUCGGUUUUGCAUCCGGAUAUUUAUGAUGUGUAUAUUAACGAUGAUCAUCUUAACUAUUUUAGCAUUUUUCAUUGGUUUAAUUGUGUUUGUGAUAUGUGGAAAAGAGACUGAUGUAUACGAUAGUAUUUCAAAGUUAGCCUGGUAUAAACUAAUUAUCAAACUUGUUUAUAAACUUGUGAAAUGUCGCAAACAAGGAAAUUUGUAUUUGGAUAAAAGCCUUGUGUACAUUGCUGACACUAAUACAAACUUUACAUUAGCGUUAUCGGUUAGAAAUCACAAGGUUACAGUCAACGGUUUAAGGAUUGAUAAAGAUCAUUUAGCGAAAUACAAGGCCCUAUGCAGGUACAACCCGAACGAUGGCGAAGUACCACUUUGCUAUGCAGAAACGUUAUUCAUGAAACCUUUAAUAGCAUUGAUCACAUCGUCAAAGUUCGCCCUUUCACCAAUCGGUCUGAUACAUAUCCGGCAGAAUAUCAAACAGUGGAUUCCUUUACAAGAAUACAUGAAAGCGAAAUUUACUCUUGAAUUAUCGGUUAAACAGUACAGGCAAAAUGAGAGAGGAAUAGAGGUAGAUAUUAACCUGCGAACUAUGGUAGGUAGCACGUGUGUCUGGGAAGGCACGAUGACGCUUCUGUCACGAGCUAAACAGGGCAAAUCGAGAGGACGACCAGAACGAAGAAACCACGAUAAAGAAAUCAUCUAUAGAUUCGAUGACGAUUUUGAGGUGCCAGCAAGCUGCGGGGUCGACUAUGCUAAGCUAACGGGUGACUGGAAUCCGCAUCAUUUGUAUAGGUGGAGCGCGUGGUUGCUAGGAUACCAAAAACCUAUAGCACAUGGCAUGUGGACAUUGUCUAGAGCCAUUGCAAAACUACAAGAGCGU